AUCAUCAGAGCCCCUGCAAAAAUCCUCUUUAACUUUCCUUUCUGUAUUCCCAAAUUGAAAUUGAGGGGAUGAUAUGAUGGAGCUUCUAAAGCUCCCAAUAAUCUCACGUUCUACUGCUGCUGCAGCUUUAUUUCUCUUCUACAAAUCACCGGCAACAUCCCAUCUACCUGUGACAUGGGUGAAAACCCAGAUGAGAAAUCAUACAGUUAGAACUUAUGCUGCUGUCUCAAAGUAUGGAAAGCUUCAAUUACCUAAAAAGAAAAAGAGACUGGAUGAGGUUUGUCUUGAAAGGUUUCAGCAAUACAGUCGAACCUAUAUACAGUCUUGGAUCAUACAAGGCAAAGUAAUUGUUGAUGGAAAAGUUGUAAAUAAGGCUGGAACGCAGAUUCCUGAGAAAGCAGUUGUAGAAAUAAAUGCGGAAAUCCCAAAAUAUGUAUGUAGGGGAGGGCACAAGUUAGAAGCAGCAAUUGAACAGCUAAAUGUUGAUGUUGCCGGAAAAAUAGCUCUAGAUGCAGGGUUGUCAACUGGGGGAUUCACUGAUUGCUUGCUCCAGUAUGGAGCGUCAUUUGUUUACGGGGUUGAUGUAGGAUAUGGACAGGUGGCAGAAAAAGUCCGUCGAGACGAACGUGUCUCUGUUAUAGAGAGAACAAAUUUGAGAUAUCUUACUGAACUCCCACAAAAAGUAAAGGUGGACUUGGUUACUUUGGACCUCUCGUUCAUCUCCAUACUCCUGGUGAUGCCUGCUAUAGUGAAACUCAUGAAAGACGAAGCAACAUUAGUAACCCUGGUGAAGCCUCAAUUUGAGGCUCGCAGAUCCCAGGUCGGAGGAGGUGGUAUAGUGCGAGAUCCCCUAGUCCAUAAAGAGGUUCUUGAGCGGAUUACCAAAGGUGUUGAAAGUUUUGGGUUCUGCAGCAAAGGGUGGAUUGAGUCUCCUCUUAAAGGUGCCGAGGGAAACACUGAAUUCUUGGUUUGCUUUCACAGAACAACAGUUAUUGAGAAGACGGCAGAGGCGGAACAACCAUCAAAUGCAAACCUUGAACUUGAUCCAAACCUCUAAUUGACAUGUUUCUUGCGUUCUAUGAGCAUGGAUGCUGAGUUGCUAAGAGUGAGAGAAAAGAGCAUCCAUAAUGUAAAAAUUGCAACUAGUUUUGAUUCUCAUAGGGUCAGGGGCUGGAUUUGAGAGCAGCUUUUACUGGGAAAAAAUAUUUUACUGUAACAUUGUAAUUGAAUUUUUAGUUUCAUAACUGAGAAUGAAGUAAAUACAGGUAGCCUAAUUUAUGAACA